AUGCCGACAAUAAACAAGAUACUUGUGGGAUCGAGGGUGGUCGGAGUUGGGAGAGAAGAUGCUCGACUAGCGUUAGGAAUGGCGACCGUCGUUCCCGAAUUCUUGGAUUGGUUCCAAGCACAUCAGGGUACCAUUGACACGUCUUCAGUAGAUGUGAUAAACUUUCUGCCUUCAGAAGGCGGCCGAGGAGCUGUGGCAGUAAAAGACAUUCCUGAAGGACACGUCUUAUUCACAAUUCCUCGUGAUUUGACGUUGUCGACUCGCACGUCCUCACUUCCCUUGAGGUUCGGAAUGGGGGCUUGGAAGAACGCCAAGUUGCAUGAAGGCUGGGCUGGAUUGAUACUCUGCAUGAUGUGGGAAGCAGCCCAAGGAAGUUCUUCAAAAUGGUCAGGAUAUUUUGAUAUUCUCCCAACAUCAUUUGACACGCCCAUGUUCUGGACUGAGGAGGAACUUGCCGAACUUCGAGGUACAUCUGUGGUAGAAAAGAUAGGCAGAGCAGACGCAGAAAAGGACUACAAAGAAAAACUGAUUCCCGCGAUUAAUAGUCGGCCCGAGUUAUUUCUCCCUAGGGAUAUCCAUACGCGCUACUCUGUUGAGAUGUAUCACGUCAUGGGUAGCCGGAUACUCUCCCGAAGUUUCAACGUUGAGAAAUGGGCACCAGAUGAAGAGGAGGUUGGUGACGGAGCUGGAGACGUAAGUAUGGGAAGUGGAAUGGAUGUGGACCUUCCGGAUGGCGCCCCAGCGCCUCCAACCCAUUCCUCCCAUGGAACCGAUGAUCUUGAACACGAGGGGGGGGAAGAGGAAGAGCAAGAAGAUUCUUCUGACAUCGCUAUGGUCCCCAUGGCAGAUAUCCUGAACGCGCGAUACGGAUCAGAGAACGCAAAGUUGUUCUAUGAGGAAAAUUAUCUCAAAAUGAUUUCUACAAGACCAAUCAAAGGCGGAGAGCAAAUCUGGAACACCUACGGAGACCUCCCAAAUGCCGAGCUCCUCCGUCGUUAUGGCCACGUUGAUGUCAUCCAAUUACCCAACGGUGGACAAGGUAAUCCUGGUGAUGUCGCAGAAAUUCGGGCAGACCUAAUAGUCUCCGUCGCCGCGGAGCAACAUUCCCUGUCCACAGACGAUACCCACGAGAGGAUAGACUGGUGGUUGGAGGAGGGAGGUGACGAUGUUUUUGACUUGUAUUUCGAUCUUGAAAUCCCUCCGUCUAUAAUAUCUGUCAUCCGUCUCCUUCUCCUCCCCGACGAAGAAUGGGAGAAAAUCAAGGAGAAAGCCAAACCUCCGAAGCCCAAGAUGGAUGCUGUAGCUCUGACUGUCCUUCAUGAGGUUCUGCAAAGAAGGCUCAAGGAAUAUCCCACAAGCAUUCAAGAUGAUGAGCAGCUGCUUAUGACUGCUCCGUCGUUGAACUUACGACACGCUAUUAUCGUCCGCCUCGGGGAGAAGAAAAUAUUGGACGGCAUCCUGACCAAGACUGCGGCUGCGUUAGCUAUGGAGAGUAACACAAAGAAAAGAAAAACCACUCAUGAAGAUCGCCCCGCAGCUGCCUCCACGUUGAAGAAAUCGAAACGCCAAGCGUAAUUCCAAGUUGCACGAGGCAACUGUAGUACCAUCUAAUUAGAGAUAGUUAUGGCGGUGGCUGCGCAGUCACUAUAAGUUAAAAUUGGUACUACGUAGCUAGAAAACUCCACUUCUAGACGACCGUCAUGACCGAUAACGAACUGGCUUCUGUCCCACCGC